AUGGCGACUGCAGACCCAGACAAAGACCAAAAAAAUGUACGGAUUAUUCAAUCGACAGAUGAUCUAGAUUUCGAUGACUUCACCUUAGUAUGGCUGGAUGCUCAGCUCGACUCCAACGAGGAUUGUCUGGAAACUAAAAAACGUCUAAGAGAAAUUCUUAAUACUCUAUAUACUUUUACCGAUGUGGAGGCAUGUCGAGCAUUUCUCGUCAACGGCAAUUCCGAUAACAAUCAUUUCUGCGUCAUUGUAUCUGGAACAUUCAGUUUAGAUUUGUUAGUCCCUACUGUAGUUGAUUUGUCCUCGGUCAUUAUCGUAACCAUAUACUGCUUUAAUUCAUCAAAACAUAUGGAUAUCAUCGAUCAAACACUAGAAAAGAGUAUUCAUCACAAAUUCCUUGGCGUAUUUACUGGGUUGGAAGAGCUUCUGACAACACUGAAUGGACGAAUUUCAAUGCUUCGCACUAGUCUUUCAAUCGGUAAAUCAUCCAUGUUUAGCAAGAGUAAUAGUUCAAUGAAAGACUUAUCGCAGGAAAAUGCGAUAUUCUUAUGGUUUCAUUUGCUCAUGUAUGCUCUCUUUCAUUUGCCUCGUAGUAACAUGACGUCUAUCCCAAUGGUGGAAUUCUGUCUUGCCUACUAUCAUGACAAUGAUGUCAGAUUGAAAGAAGUAGAAGAAUUUCGCAAAACGUACAGACCGGAUCAAGCUCUGAAAUGGUACACACGUGAUUCAUUUGUCUAUAGAAUAGUUAAUCGAGCACUACGGACACAAAACAUCGAUACUAUUUUCGUUUUUGCAUCAUUUAUUGGUGAUCUUCAUGAUCAACUCCGUUCGUUACACCAAGAAUUUCUUGACUAUGGCGCAGCACCAUUGUUAACUGUUUAUCGUGGCCAACAAAUGCAAAUCGAUGAAGUUCGAAAAAUCGUCAGUAAUAUCGGCGGUCUUGUUUCAAUGAAUACUUUCUUUUCGACCAGUUGCGAUCGAGCACUCUCGCGUAUCCUGGCACAAGCUGGACCAGGGCUUACUUCUGUCCUCUAUGAGAUUACAAUCGAUACCAAUGUGUCCGCUGCACCGUUCAGUAGUGUCAACGACCAUACCAACUUUCAAGGUGAAUUAGAAAUCUUAUUUUCAGUUGAUGCUAUUUUUCGUGUUGAAUCAGCUACUGAAGAGACAGAUGAACAUGAACAAGUGUGGUUAAUUAAGUUGUGUCUUGUUGACGAGCGUACCGAGCAAAAGCUUACAAAUUUGAUCGAUCAUUUCAAACGAAAAAGGAUUGGUGAAAAUAGCACAAUACUCACAAUUUCUUCUCUACUUGAGUACAUGGGCGAUGUCAAAGGCGCUAAUCGAUUCCUUUUACUACUGCAUAAGGUAUUACCAGAAAAUGAUCCGCUGCAAGCAAUUGUUUAUGGUCAAAUGGGUUCACUCAACAUUUACGAUAAAAAUUUUCCUGCUGAAAUGUUCUUUGAAAACGCAAUGAAUACUAUACGAAUCGGCACAAUCACUUUUACCAAAUAG